UCCCCCCAUUCAACCACUCGCCUCUCUGUUCCAGUGUGUUUACUACACUGCCGAGCAUAAGGGAGACACUCGUCUUCACAUGCACUGAACCCACUAAGAAAAACAGCCUUUAGUUGUAUUUGUGAGAAAACCUCCAAGAGAUCAACAUGCCCAAGAGAAAGGCACAGGGAACAGAAGGCGGAGAGAAGGAGGAGCCCCAGAGGAGAUCAGCUCGGUUAUCGGCGAAACCAGUCCCACCCAAGCCGGAACCAAAGGUGAAGAAGGCGGCAAAGAAAGAAAAGGCUGUGAACGACAAGAAGGAGGACAAGAAGACCAAGAAGGCAAAGGAGAACGCUGAGGCAGAGGCCAACGAAGAAAACCACUCCGAGAACGGAGAGGCCAAGACCAACGAGGUGGAGGCAGCCCCAGAGGAGGCCAAGGAGGAGGCCAAGUCCGAGUAGCACCACUGCCCACGCUUCCUCCUCCUCUGCAACCAUCGGCCCUCGAACCCCGCCCCAACCAGCCAGCCCUCCCUCCCUAAGUCUCUCACAUGGUUUCCCUCCAAGGCGUAUUGUUAACAGAGGAAUAUUUUUAUCAAUGAUUUUAUAAGUAUCCGUACAGAUUUUUAGCACAAAAAGCAAAGCUGAUUAUGGAGCGCCUUGCAGAUUUGCAGUGAUCAUAUCAAGUGUCUGCAAGCAAGAUAAAAACACACUAAAAUCUUUUUUAAAUGGCAUUUCAUGAUUGUUGAAGGCUUGUUUGGUGUAGAAAGAGCGUCCCUGCCGGAUUGGCUAUGUUGUGAGUUGUGUAUUACUGUCUCCCCCCCGCCCUCCCCACCCCUCCUAGCCCCCUGCUCUAUCCCUCCCUUCUCUCUCCCUCCUCAGAUUAGACUUUCCUCCCCCCGACAGUUCAGCCUUUUCCUUGUUUUAUUAACGUUUCGGCCAUUUUAAUGUGGGUGAUUACUUUUUAGACAUCUAAAUGUGCAGUGAGCUCCCUUUGCUUAUGUCUUGUUUCCUUUUUUUUUUUUCAUUGAAGUUGUGUUUUAAACAAACAAAAAAAAAGCGUGUUGUCAAUAAGAAUAAGAAAGAGGAAGACGAACAUGUGAAACAUUCCGGGAAAAGCGAUUGCCUCCGACCCGUCUCCUAGACGACCCUGCGUGUAAAACAGCUCCCGCUCCAUCCAGGCUGUCAUGUCAGCUUUUCUAAAAAAAUGACAAAAAAAGACAACUUUUUUUUCGGUUCUUUUUUUUUUUUCCUUCCAACGGUUGAAUUUGGAAUCCUAUCUCUGACAAAUGCAGGUGUCUGGUCCCUCUCUUAUGUUCUGAAAUUCUCUUAAUAAAAAGGAGUCCUGGGAAUUUUCCUCGAA